CACUGGUCCAUGCAGAAGGGGAACUUUGCCAUCGUAGACAUUUAACAGUGUUAAUUUGGCAGCAUCCGAGAUAAGGCAAACGUUCUCAUAUUUUUGACAUCUUCAAUACUUGAAGUAACUAUUUGAAUUGAUCAAACAUACAAUAGUUAAAAAUGGAAGUGAAUCAAUAAGAAUAGUGAAUGGUUUUAUUUUCAUUCUACAAAAAAUGUUCGUCUUUUUUUUUUAAUUCGUAGGAAUUGUUUUUCUAUGAGAAUACAAUAUGGGUAGCUUCGAAGCUCAGGCAGAAUAUUAUUUACACCAGUGGCAUCAACCAUAUGACUAUAUUACUCAGCUUCCGUAUGAUAUCCGAUCAACAUAUUGUGGUGCAGACUCUGGAAUAUCAGGUGGAAGUUCUGACCCAGGAAGUCCUACAGCACCAACACCACCAUUAGUGUUAGAAGAGCUAGGGAUUCAGAAAACGGUUUAUGGAUCUGCUGAUCAUCCUGUUUCACCCUCAAAAAAUCAACAAUAUGCUUUAAUUUCACCCCGUUCACACCAUUAUGGUAACUGUCCGCAAACUCUUUUUGAUUAUUCUAACGCGAAUCAUUUUGAAAUUGAUCGUCGGAAGAACGAAUUAUCUGGAGGAUGUCAUAUGGUCAAUUCAAUUGUGAGCAAUGAUACUGCUAGAGUCAUUCAAUACGAUAGUCAUUAUCAUCGGAAUGAGAGUGAGGGUAGCCCAAUGAUAAGACCGAAGAAAAGGAAUACUGCAAAUAAAAAAGAACGAAGACGAACGCAGAGCAUUAAUAAUGCAUUUGCAGAUCUUAGAGAUUGUAUUCCGAAUGUCCCAUUGGACACGAAACUGUCGAAAAUCAAAACACUUAGAUUGGCUGCAUCAUACAUUGGAUAUUUGAUGGCUGUUUUGGAGACUGAUGAAAAAGAACCACAGACAUUCUGUGUUGACUUUAUAUCUAGAACACGGAGAAACAAAUUCGAAAAAGACAACAAUAAAAUUUUUCGACCUGAACAUUUUCAUGACGAGAUGAAAGGCAAAGGUCGGACAGGAUGGCCUCAGCAUAUGUGGGCUCUAGAAUUGAAACCAGAAUCCUCUUCAACAUCAACUAUAUAUACUUCAGGCAGUCAGAUGUAAUACAGUUUUCUAUAUAAAACUGGAGUCCAAAUUUAUGUGAAAAAUUUUCAUAUUUUUUAUAAUUCAAUACUUAAGAAUAUGUUAUCGAUAAUGAAGCAUGUCUUUAGAAGUUAUUCAUAUUAUAGUAUUAUAACAAGUGUAAUAAAGAUUUUAGAAAAAUUAUCGAGUAUAAUUGUUAAAAUCUUAACGUAUCAAAAUUAAUCUGUAAUUCUAAAUUUAAAUAAUAAAUUUUACGUUCGUAAUUUCAAAAAUUUAUGAAAUAAAAUAAUAAAAAUAUAAUCAUAACCUGGAAAAAUGAUUGGUUCCAAAAUAACAACAAUUUAUAAUUUAAUCAGUAUAAUUACUGACGUACUUGUUUAUUAACAUUGAUUUGGUCAGGAUCACUCACACAUACAUACAUACAUACAUAGUAUACAUUUUUAUGAUGAUAUUUGACAUGGUUAUGGAAUACCUCCUCCACGGAAAUAAUUUAUUUAAUUUUUAUAUUUCGGAUAUAUCCUAAAAAAUAUAUUGUAAAUAAAUAUAUAAUAGUGCAGUUAUAUAUCUCCAAUAUCUAAAAUAUAAGAAAAAUAUUUAUAAGAUAUAGUGUUUUUGGCCGGAAUUAAUAUAAUACGUAUGUAUAUUUCUUAUAUUCAAAUUAUAAUUCACAUCAAUCGAGGAUAUAUACGACAUAACAAACAAGGAAAAAAAUUAAAAUACAGGUAAGAUAUAUGUAGGGUAUAUUCGAAAUAUAUCUAAUUUAUAUAAUUUCGUAUACUGUAUGGUAUAUGGUGUAUACUCAAAAUAUAUCUGAAAUAUAUAUAUAUAUAUUAUAUAUAUAUCUGUAUAGAAAGUAUAUUGUAUUAAAAAUAUAGAAAAUUUAUAGAAUAAUAAUAAAUGAAAAAUUUAUACAAAGGUUUAGGAUAUAUGUAUACAUUAAAAUUUAUUUAAAAUACAUGACGAAUACAUGGUUGUCGAAUAUAUGCAGCAUAUAUCUACUUUAUUAUUUAUUUAUGAUCAAAAAUUUAUCAGAUUCAUUUGAAUUAUUAUUUAUUUAUAAGAUUUAUUGAUUAUUAUCGAUCGACUAACAGUCGAGUGUUGAAACUUUAUUGAAUUGGCAAAUAAAAACUCAGAAUAAAAAAUUUCAAUAAUUAAAAUACUACGUAUUUUCACCUUUUUUAUAUGUAUACCCAACUGCUAUCGGUCGACUACUAGUCAAGUGUUUGAACUUUCUUUAAUCUAACAGUCGAGUGUUGAAACUUUAUUGAAUUGGCAAAUAAAAACUCAGAAUAAAAAAUUUCAAUAAUUAAAAUACUACGUAUUUUCACCUUUUUUAUAUGUAUACCCAACUGCUA